AUGAACGAAACAGAAAUGGAAGAUGAAGAUCCUAUGCGUCCUCUUCAUGACGAGUGGUUUGGAGAUGUUGAUGCGCCUUUAAUCUUCCGCGCCGUCAAUCUGGAAAAAUGGCCUUUGCUCGGUCAACUCUUUCAAAGAAACAAGAAGAUCAUACGGACGGAACUGAAGCAUGUCGACCCAUAUGGAUAUUCAGCUGCACAUUAUGCCUCAUGGUGGUCGUCCACGCCGCCCGAAUUGUUUGAGGACAUAAUCAAGUAUUCACCUUCUGAAAUCUGUUCGAGACCCAACCGAAAAGGCAGGACGCCACUUCAUCUGGCAGCUUGGAGAGGCUGUGAUUUUUCUGUACUUCAUAUUGCGAGCCAGCAUCCAGAAGCAGCCGCAGUAGCAGACCGCAACCAAAAAUCUCCGCUUACUGACGCUUGCUCCCGGAAUCGGUCCGACCGUGUGAUUGAAGCACUCUUGAAUGCAGAUUACAACCAAGUCACUAUUAAGAAUAGACAAGGCUUGAGCCCUGCUUUGCUCUUUUUUCGCCUCUCCAAUGGGUUCAUGUCAGUCUCGCAUCGAUCACACGUGGAGCAUACACUGUAUUUGGAGAAAGUCCGCUUGAUACUGGCUGCCGAACGCCGGGUGAAUCUUGGUGUCAUCGAUGACCUGGCGGACGAAUGGAAGUUGCUGAUUGCGGCCAUUGAAAGUCCCUCGUGCCCAUUCCCCUUUGUAAAGGUACUCUUAAAUCGUCAUCAGGCCACGAUUCCUACCUUUCGAGACGAGAGUGGAAGCACACUGCUGCAUUUGGCGGUCAGUGCCGCACCCUUUGCCUUUAAGCGUUUUUUUCAAUGUGACCGAUGUCAACAGGAACCAUCUUGCACUGCGGUCGGACAAGAGGCAUUCUUUAAUCGAGAUCCUGGUAGAAGUCACUGGGGUGUCCGAUGUCGAAAUUCCGAUUGCAUUGUACGAGAAAACAAUCCUUCCAUUCAUUAUGUCAAAGUACCUGUGGUCAUGAAAGAACAAGCGGUUGUGAAAUAUUUGCUGCAGCAAUUUCCAGACUUGGCGUCCAUACGCGAUGGUUCUGGUCGAUUGCCAAUGGAAGCGGCCUUGACGUCGGGGAGAACUUGGCACAGUGGGAUUCGAGAAUUGGUCCAAGCAAAUCCAAAUAGCCUGUCUCAAGUCGAUAGUUUAUUGGGACUGUAUCCUUAUCAAUUGGCAGCCCAAGCGGGGGGCAUUGGUGCCGAGGAAAAAGAAGGACCACCCCCACGGAAAAGGCUUCGACGCAGUUGUAAGAAGACCCGAGCCACGACUGGUUCUACCACUACGACGAAAGCGGCUGGUGAAGAAGAAACAUCGCUUCAUCAAGUAGACACAAUUUUCAAUCUGCUACGACAAUGUCCGAGUCUGGUAAAGUUUGCCGAGAAUGCAUAG